CAUGGAAACAUAUACAUAAUGACUAUUUCUUCCAAUGUUUGUAAUAAUUUAAAAUUUACAGUUCUUUCUUGUUGUAUACUCAAUACUCAUUAUAUUCGUAUGUGCCAUGUGGUAUGUCUUUACUCUUUAGUAUUUACGCUACAAUAAUUUUAACACGUCUUACUUCGUAAAUUCUUACUUAUAAGUUAAACUUAUAGUUUAAGAAUUAACUUACAUAUUACAAACUACUGAUAUUAUUCUUUACGUAUUACACUAGCUACUGCCGUUUGCCAUAGUCCUUAAAAUCUACUCGUCGUACAGAUGGGACUUUUGAGACUUUCAAAGUCCACACUGUGGAACUAUGGUAGUCGUCGGUAGACAAUAUUGAAGUAUAUAAUAUUACGAUUUUUGAAAAGAUCGAAUUACAAUUUUAAAAUGUGCGAAAUAAAUUUAGUCUGUAAUUAUAAAAAAUGUCGUAAGACUUUAAACACAUUUGCAUGGGUAACGAGUUGUUCACAUAUAUUUUGCGACAACGAUGGCAGCCGAACAUUUAAUCGUGAAAAAAAAUGCCCUUGCUGUGAUGAAAUUCUUAAUAGACGUUUGGACAUAGUUCAGGUUAACUUAAAUCCAGACGAAUCUUUUAAGUCUAUGAUACUAUGUGGUUUAAGACCAGAAAUUGUAAUGGAUAUAUCGUUACGAGCAGUGUCUUUUUGGAAUUACCAAAUGACCCAAGAAAAAAUCAUUCAGACUAGUGAUAUGAAAAGACUUCGAGCUAAAUUUGAACAGGUUAAAAUCAAUAUAGAAACCAUGGAGUAUCAAUUUCAAAAGCAUAUUUUAAUUGAAACAAAAAAAUCUGAGUGCAAGUAUACUUUUAUGAAUAAAUGA